AUGAUAUCAUCAAGACGAAAAUCCGGCUCCGCUUGUGCCCGGGGUAAAAGGCGGUGCGACCUCGGGUUCCCGCAGUGUGGGCGCUGUCUUGCAAGGCGAGUCACUUGUGUGUAUGCUUGGAUAUCGCCUCAAGAAGCCCAAGAGGUAGUGAAAACUAUCAACCCCAGUCUUUGGGUACCGCAAGAGAGUCCACAUAACUAUCUCGAUCAAAGCGGCCCUACCGAAACAUCUCAGUCGAGUGACGACUUGCCCCGACCAGGAGAACGCCAUGCCAAUAAUCAUACCACAUUUGGCCCAGCUCCUUUGACUCUCUCCCCGGCCUUGGUACCUCUAAUAGAUGAGAUUACUGGCCGAGGGAGUACCAUAUCAUUCCUUGCCCCAGGCCCCCAACUUCAAUUCCUCGACAAGUCAUAUCCAAAUGCGGGCUCACAUGUACAUACCCCCCAACCUCCACAUAACAUUGGUAUUCCACCGACACCUUUCCAAGGAGCCGGCGGUAGCUCCAUGUAUACAGGCAAGAUCUUUCAGGCACGUGCAGAGUAUGCUGCCAGCCGCCUAGUCCGUCAGGUUAGGACUUUAGCAGAAACGGGACAAACAUCCAUUAUCCACCACUCUCAUUCGCUUAUUCGGUCAGAGAUUGCGAGGCGGGCAGAACUGCUUAUAGAAGCUACAGAGACAGCCAUCUCCCUGACGCCGCCCAGUUCUCAUUCGGCCAUGAAUUUUGACCUCCUACACGCUGUACAGGCCAUGCUUAUUUACCAGUGCAUGCGGCUAUUCUCAACUGGCGACAUUGCACAGCAGACACAGGCGGAGCUAGACGCUAAGUCGCUUGCCAGAUGGGUCGACAUCUUGCAAGAACAGACUCAGUGGUCGUGGGACAACUUUUCCAGUGGUACACAGCUCGAUUUUGUCUGGAAAGACUGGCUGCUGGACGGCAUCUACACCUUUCUUAGAUUCGGUUGGUACCAACCCAGUGCGAGGAUGGCCAAUCUGGGCUUUACAGGACAAGUCGCUAUAUGGGAAGCAAGGUCUCCAGCAGAGUGGCACCAAGCAAGAGGGCAAAAGCCUUGGGUCGAGUUAAAUAUCUCGAGUUUCCAUGACGGCAUCAAGGCGGCAUUUCCUGACGACCUUGAUGAAUUGGGAAUCAUCAUCCUGGUAAGUUAUAAUGGUGUUGACGUGUUGGAAGAGUGGGUGGGUGACGACAAAAGACUGCUUAAGAAAUGGGGCUUAAGCGCCGGGAAUGACUUCUUCUCUUCGUGCUAUUGA